ACUGAUCAUAUCUAUCGUACACAUAUUCAAACAUAUCUUCUUUUUUUUUCUAGCCAACAACAGCAAAAUGACGGAUACAGCUAGAACCCAUCACGAUAUCACCACUCGAGACCAGUAUCCGAUGAUUGGCCGUGACCGAGACCAGUAUGGGAUGAUUGGCCGAGACCGAGACCAGUAUGGGAUGAUUGGCCGGGACCAGUACAAUAUGUCCGGCCAAAACUACUCCAAGUCUAGGCAGAUUGCUAAAGCUGCCACUGCAGUCACCGCUGGUGGAUCUCUCCUUGUACUCUCCAGUCUCACCCUUGUGGGAACGGUCAUUGCAUUGAUUGUUGCCACUCCACUGCUUGUUAUCUUUAGCCCGAUCCUUGUCCCCGCUCUCAUCACUGUAGCACUGCUCAUCACCGGUUUUCUCUCCUCUGGUGGGUUUGGCAUUGCAGCUAUAACUGUCUUCUCUUGGAUCUACAAGUAUGCAACGGGAGAGCACCCACAAGGGUCAGAUAAGUUGGACAGUGCAAGGAUGAAGCUGGGAAGCAAGGCUCAGGAUAUGAAGGACAGAGCUCACUACUAUGGACAACAACAUACAGGUGGGGAACACGACCGUGACCGUGACCAACGCACCGACCGUGACCGCACACGUGGAACCCAACACACUACUUAAAGUACGCCACGAUUAUAUCAUUAUAGUCACGCAGCUCCGAUGUGGGAGUCCAGUUUAUGAGAAAUAAGGUGUUUAGCAUUUGUUCAGGGUGGAUAAUAAAAAGGGGAAGCCUAUCUCACAUAGUUUUUUUUUCCUUUGUCAUAAAUAAUGUGCAAGUGUGUUGUUCUCUUGUCAUAUGGUACCAUGUUUUGUUGUGUUCUCACCUUAUGUUGUACGUUUUUUGCCUUGUUUGUAUGUAGUAACGUCUAUAUAGAAAAUGUCUUGUUUCGUGAGAA